AGAAAGUGCAGCGCCACCCGGAGUCGUUCAGAGUCUGACUCGCACUCGCAGCAGGUCCAAUCUGCUCGUCUGCUUCUCAUUUGGAGCUGCCAUACCGUCCAUUCAAGCUUUCAUAUCAGCUGUGGGCCAGUCGCAUUUACGUCACGCAGGAUGGCAAACCUUGACAUAGAUAAGAUCAUCAAUGGGGUCCCGCAUUCGUUCUCGAAAACAAAGAUCAUUUGUACCUUGGGGCCCAAGUCUCGGGAGGUGCCAAUGUUGGAGAAACUUCUGCACGCCGGCAUGAAUGUGGCACGUUUCAACUUUUCACACGGGAGCCACGAGUACCACCAGGAGACCCUUGAUAAACUGCGGCAAGCAAUGGCCAACACGCAGAUCAUGUGUGCCGUGCUGCUCGAUACAAAGGGCCCCGAGAUCCGGACGGGGAUGCUCAAAGGUGGCAAGCCGGUGAAGCUGGAGAAAGGCAAGGAGGUCACCAUCUCCACAGACUAUACCAUUCAGGGCGAUGAGACGACAAUCGCCAUGAGCUACAAAAAGCUGCCGGAGGAUAUGCGGCCGGGCCAGACCAUUCUUUGUGCCGAUGGAAGCAUCACUCUCACCGUCGUGUCCUGCAACCCCGACAAAGGCACCGUGGUGGCGCGGUGCGAGAACACGGCGAUGCUGGGGGAGCGGAAGAACGUGAAUCUCCCCGGGGUCAUUGUGGACCUGCCGACUGUGACGCCCAAGGAUGAGGACGACAUUAUGAACUGGGGCGUCCCCAACCAGAUUGACUUCAUCGCCGCCAGUUUUGUGCGCAAGGGCCUGGACCUUAUCAACAUCAGGAAGCUGCUGGGGACGCACGCAAAAAGCAUUCAGAUCAUCUCCAAGAUCGAGAACCAGGAGGGCCUGGUCAACUUCGACGAGGUGCUGCGUGAGACGGACGGGAUCAUGGUGGCGCGUGGUGACCUGGGCAUGGAGAUCCCCACCGAGAAGAUCUUCCUUGCGCAGAAGAUGAUGAUCCACAAGUGCAACACGGCCGGCAAGCCUGUCGUCACUGCCACGCAGAUGCUCGAGUCUAUGAUUAAGUCACCCCGUCCCACCCGUGCUGAGGCGACCGACGUCGCGAACGCGGUCCUCGACGGGACCGACUGCGUCAUGCUCAGCGGAGAGACGGCGGCCGGGUCGUGGCCCGAGGAGGCGGUGCAGGUGAUGUCGCGGAUCUGCCGCGAGGCGGAGGCGAGCCUGGACUACUUUGCGCUCUUCAAGACCAUCAUGAAGCAAACGCCCCUGCCCAUGAGCCCCCUAGAGAGCCUGGCGUCCUCAGCCGUGCGGACAGCGCACAAGGUCAACGCCAGCCUAAUCGUGGUCCUCACCCGGGGCGGCUCCACCGCCAAGCUCGUUGCCAAGUACCGCCCCGCCGUUCCCGUCCUCAGCGUGGUUAUCCCGGUGCUAACCACGGAUAACCUAACCUGGAACAUCAGCGAGGAGAGCCCCGCACGGCAGGCCCUCGUCUGCCGGGGGCUCAUUCCGCUGCUCGCGGAGGGUUCCGCCCGUGCAACGGAUUCCGACACGACGGACGACAUCUUGAACGCGGCGCUGAGCUACGCCAAGGCGAAGAACAUGUGCAAGAAGGGCGACUGCAUCGUGGCGCUGCACAGGAUCGGGAACGCGGCGGUCAUCAAGCUGGUGGACAUCAAGGACAAAUAUGUCGAGAGCUCAACUACGGUCGUCCGUACGUAAAGUUCCCCCGUUCCCUUACAGAAUUCUUUGCACUCCGAUUGCGACUGAGCUCACACUCGGUCGAUCUGGCCCUCUGGUCGAGCGCCGCGUAGGACCACUCAAAAGGGUGUGAAUAUUGGGCAAACCGCGGCUUGAAAAGGAGGACAGCUCCAAGUCAGGGGCACAGUUUCUUGCUGAAAUGUUUGUGAUGCUUUAGCCUUGAGAUGCAGAAGGCAUAGGUAACUGUAAGUACGGGCUACCAAGGUCAUCGGUCUGGGCAGAGGUAAUGACGGGCAUGGGAAUUAUGUGACUCGCUUUUGCAGAAAGGUAAGCGGGCUUGCGGCUCUGGCAGUGUGCUCUUGACGGUGAUUGUCUGCGUCCUUGUGAAACAUUUUGAGCCACUGACUCACACGCGAGACACAAACCGUUUCAAUCAGUGCGAUGGCAGCUCGAUUGACAACGGUAAUGCAACGUGUCAGGGCCGUGUCUGCAUAGUACAUCAUUUGGAUCUAGC